UAUUGUUUUCCGAGGUAAAAAACAAAAAAUAAUAAAAAUACAAAACAGAAAACGUCCGCAGCCGUUCAUAAUACCGCUGCAAUAAACGUACAUAGGUAAUACAAUGUGUGUGUGUGUGCCGCGCGGUGAGAUUUAAAAAAAAUAAAAAUAAAAUAAUAACAACGAAACCUAAUGAAAAAGAAAAAUAACGUUAACAACAACAAAAAUAAUAUACGUUUAUACGUCGUGUAUACAUCGUCGAAUUAAUCGCGUGCGAAUUGCAAAUGCGUCCGAAUUAUAUUUAGUCCCGUCCCUGCGCGCGUCACGCGAAUGCGAGUGCGUACAAUAUUCGAUCGAGCGAUUGAGCGCGCGUGUGUGUGUGUGUGUGUGUGUGUGUGUGUGUGUGUAAAAUAAAAAAAUAAUAAUAAUAAAAACCGACAGUAAAACAAAAAUACAAAAAAAAAACGGCAAACUAAACGCAACUCUAUGAAGAAAAAAAACGCUGACGUACGUGAGUUGUUUUCACCACGCGGCUUGCAAACGAGACGGCAAUCGCGGCGCUCGUCCGUACACAAUAAUUAUUAUCAUUUGUACACAUUAUAUUAUUAUUUAAUCGGUCGGCCCCGGACGCGAUUCGCUCGUCACUACAGAACGAUUAAAAUUAAUCGCGAGCUCCGAACGUUCCUCUGGCAAACUUUCCGGAUGGGACCGACGACGAUGUGGCUGCCGUUGGCCGUCGCGACGGUGCUGUUGAUGGUCACCGCUGAACGACCACGAGACGCGAACGAAGACUACGGAGGCAGCGUCGACGGAGGUGGCGGUUAUUCUUACGAAUUUGAAGAGAAGAUUCUUCGGGCUUGGUUAGAAAAAUAUAUUGAUAGAUACAAACAAAAUAUCCAACCAUCUACCGGAUCAACAAACAUACAGCGUAUUGCAAAGAAGAGUCGAACGGGCACUACUAUAAUGCCUGUGCUAGAUCGUGAACAUAUCGCGGCUAUGUCAAUUUAUCCAUUCUUUGUCAACCCAUUUUAUCAACCACCCAUUUACUCGAAUUAUAUUCCAUUAACCUAUGAUGCAAAAACUCGUCUAAUUCCCGUCGAACAGAUACCUUAUCCAAAAGAAGAAUACCACCAUCGAUUUUUUAGACCUUUACACACACAAUUCCCAAUCGGGUAUACAAACGUUCAAGGAAUUAUGAGUUCGACGCUAAUAGAUAAUGACCCUGAAAUUAAAGAAACAAUGAAUGUGCCAAAUUCCAUUCCCCCGAGUAACCAAGAUGUGAUAAAAAAAUAUGACGAAUUACAUAUUCCGGAACAAGUAUUAAACCAGAAUCAAGAUGAUUUUGUUCACACGUCACCGAUCGGGCUUAACCCAGAAGAACCGAUGAAAACUGAUAAAAAAAAAGACAUAAACGAUCAACAAAAUUCAAAGAGCGGUCGGAAACUACUCGACCAGAUUAUUGUAGAUGAUCUUUCAAGCACAGUAACUGCAGAUCAAAAUCAAAUAAGUGAAUCUUACGAAAUUCAACCAAAUCUACUACCGACAACUGCAACUGAUGAGUCCAACAUAUCCAUAGCAUUAUAUGCAAUUAAUUUUACAGAAAAAUAUCAAACUUCUACUAUUCCAUCAUUCACUAUGUCGAUCGAAAAAAGUAAAUCUGAAAUAUACAACAACUCGGUCUCACAGCUUUCAUUGAACUCCGAUUAUCAUUUAUUCAAGCAUAAUAAUUUAUCAGAUAAUCCUACAACACGUCAUGAUUCAUCUUUCUUGGCAUACACCAAACAACUAGAAUCUACGGUUAAAACAUUUUCACCAACUACCAAUGACAAAAAUCAGGAGGUUCCAUUGACCCCUGAAGAAAGGAGCCGAAUGGAUAGACCGCAAACAGUUCAUCAUUUUAUAAGCAAUAUAAACGCGCCUAAUGUUUUGAAAACGCCAAUAAUUAAUAUUGGAGAAAUAUCAACGGAAAUGUCCAAAACGACACGAAACUCCGAAUUUGUAAAUGCAUUUUCUACGCCUCCGUUAACAAAUACGGCUACACUAUUUCCAACUCCAUUAUGUGAAAAUAACGUUUGCAAAAUAACUUCAACUACCCUCGUUAACGAUCCUCUGAAAAAUCAAAGUGAAACCACCGACCGCAUAUUAUAUCGUCAAAAAUUAAUUGAUCCUAAAUUUAUAAAAUAUAGAAAUGGACAGGAUAACAUAACGAAAAUAAAUAGUUCGUCAACACUCCCAACAGCAAUAUCUAUUACAAAUUCAGAAACGUCCACAUUGCCAUACAGAAAUACAUAUUCCAGUAUCAUACCGACAUCUUCACAGCUGCAACCCAAAUAUUUAAAAUAUUUUGAUUCCACCAAAUCACCACAUGCAGAAUAUAAUACAGAUAAAAAUAAUAAAAUUCAACCGACAAGUUUACACUACACUUCAUUGUUGCCCACAACGCUACAACCACUAAAUAUUAAUAAUAUCACAACUUCAGUGUUAGUAAAAACAAAAACAGAACAAACUCAACCAACCACAAUGAAUUCCAAUAAGUAUACAAAUAGCAUUAAAGAAAAUACAAAUAUUCCUGGACAUAAUGACUAUUCAACAAGAUCAUCUUUAACACCGAACAUUUUUAUUACUCCAAGUGGUAUUUUUAACACCGAGUCACGCAUGAAAACUGUCCAAAAUAAUUUAACACCUGAUAUAAAUAUGUACUCAAAUAGUUACCAAAAUCAAAAUAUCUCAACCGAAACUAAUAAAUCAAGUACACGCCAAGACGACAAUACUAAUACUUACUUAUCGAUCACUACAGAAGGAACGAAUAGAAACACAUUCAAACCAACAGUGGCAUCAUUAAUACAAUACAACUCUGUUAAAAAAAAAUUACCUAUUAUUAAGAUUUCCGAUGAUUCAAAAUUUGAAAAAUCAAAGUAUGACCAAGAAAUAUUAAACACUCCAAAAUCUUCCGAAGAUUCAGAACUCUGGUACAAUCACAUGUAUCCACAAAAUCCGCUUAAAAAAGAGCCGAAUGAAGAACAAAUUCACUUUCUAUUAAAAAAAAUUAUAAAAUUACUCAAACCUGAAAUCGAAAAACAGACUCUGACCAAAGAAAGCGUAGCGAGACUUGUACCGCCAAGAGUAGAGCCGGAAAAGUUUGUAUACAUUAUAUAUCCAUGGGUGAUUGACGCGGCUAAAAAUAUGAAAAACGAGGAACGAACAAGAAUCAAUUCAAAUCUAUUUACAACUGCUGACAAGCUAUAAUGACUUUUUUUUUUUGUAAAAAAAUGUAUUUAUUUUCUAGUAAAAAAAAACUAAUAUUUAUACUGUUUUUUUUUUUA